AUGUGGCUGUACCCUUUCUUUGAAGAUGAAUUGAUCCGUGAAACUACAAUUAACUGUGCCGAGCGAGGGCUGCUGCUGCUUCGCGUCAGGGAUGAAAUCCAGAUGACAAUUGCUGCUUACCAGACGUUGUACGAGAGCAGCGUUGCGUUCGGUGUGCGGAAGGCGCUGCAGGCUGAGCAAGGCAAAGCUGACAUGGAAAAAAGAAUUGCAGAACUAGAAGGGCAAAAGCAGGAGUUGGAAAGACAAGUGAGCGAAGAGAAAGCCAAGUGUAAAGCUAUUGAAAAGCGUGAGGAUGAAAAGCGACAGCUAGAAGAGAAGAAACACACUGAAGAGGUUCAGCACCUGAAACAAAUGAAUCAACAGCUGAAGGCCCAACUUGAAAGCAUCAUUGCACCAAAUAAGUAG